GGUCUUCACUCUCAAAGCUGCCAUCAGAAUACUCUUGAGUUACGUUCCACCACUACUGAACCAAAUUAGAACUUAGAUUUUAAAUUACAAUGUCAAACCUUUUCUGUCAUUGUGUUUCCUCUCUCUCUCUGUCUCUCUAUCUGUAGUUGCCAUCGGAGACAGCGUCGUUAGAUACAGAGUUUCCCAUGGCGACGGUGGAGCUCCUCCACCGGCUGUGUCACAUGGUGAAGGGGGAGCUGGGAUACGGGUUCAACCUGCACAGUGACAGAACACGGCGAGGACAGUUCAUACGCAGCGUGGAUCCCGGGUCCCCCGCCCAACACGCAGACCUCAGAUCCCGGGACAGGCUGGUGGAGGUGAAUGGAGUGAACAUCGAGGCGUUGAGACACUCAGAGGUGGUGGCGUUUAUACGUGGCGGGGGGGACGAGACACGCCUCCUGGUGGUCGACGCGGAAACAGACGAGCUGUUCAAGAGGCUCGGGGUCACGCCCACCAGCACACAUGUCAGAGAGGUCUAUGUGGACGAGCCAAUGACAGACAGCGCCCCACCCACCCCCUCUUCAACCACUGACCUCACUCCAAUGGAUCCACCAAUCAUCAACGUCACCCUGAUGGGCUCACCAAUCACCAACGGCUCGCCCAAUUCACAGACCAAUUCCCAGUACUCACGUGGCUCGACUACCCAAUCAGAAUUCAGCAGCUCAGAUAUGAGCAUUCAGGUCCCUGAGGAUUAUGAGCGCCGUGUUUCAGACCCGUUCCUGGACAGCGGACUGCAUCUGAGCCCCACGGCAGCCGAGGCCAAAGAGAGGGCCCAACACGGCAAGAAGAGAGCGCCCCCUAUGGACUGGAGCAAGAAGCAGGAGAUCUUCAGCAACUUCUGAGAACCACACAGAACCACACAGAACCUUCACAACAAUGUUCUUAAGUCCCUCAAGGUUGAUAAAGGUCUGGCACAGGGACACACCAUAACCAAUGUUGGCCGUGCGCAGUAGAUCAUCAGCCCGGAGACAAUUUCAUCGUGGGAAAUUAAUAGCAAAUGGCAGCCAAUGUUUUGUGGUGAGAGGCGAUAGGAGGACCUCACGCUGCGCACGGCUGACGUUCGUUAUGGUGUGUCAUGUGACAGAGCUUCACCAGCCAAUGUUCUGAGGUGAGAGGUGAUAGGAGGACCUCCCGCUGCUGCUCGGCUGCUCGUUAUGGUGCGUCAUGUGACAGAGCUUCAACAGCCAAUCAAGAUAAAAGGCUGCAGUGGCUCCGAAACAACUCUGAGAAAAACACAGAAAGCCUCUGUCCCCGGCAGGAUCUGAACCCUGGUCUCCCACGGGACAAACCAACAUCUUAACCAUUAGACAAAGAGGAAAUUCCCUGUGUGUCUGAGGGCCAACACUUAUUGUGAAGUCACACGCGGGGCUCCCUCAUCACGUGACCAUGAGCAGCCAUGACCGUCCCAUAUCUGCUACACCUCCAUAUACCACUACUAUGGAUUAUUACAGUACCUUAGGAUGAGGAUAAAUCAUGUUGAAGUAUUUAGCCAGGAUAAUUGACUCAGUUCCACUUGUUUCCAUGGCUCUUGUUUCCAUGGCUCUAGUUUCCAUGGCUCUUGUUUCCAUGGCUCCUAAACGUUUCUCAGAGCUGUGAUUUCACUGAAAGUUUUUUUUUCCUUCUACAGCAACUAGUAAGAAACAUUCACUGGCCCAACCACCACACACCGAACCCCACCCCACCUCUUCACCCUCCACAGAAAAACAGGGUGGAUUGUUUCCCAAAAGACUGAGAGGUGGGCCCGUAUCCACAAAGUGUCUCAAAGUAGGAGUACUGAUCUAGGAUCAGUUUAGAGUUUUUUUUUUAUGUCAUAAUGAAUACAAUAAAUUGUAUAGGGAAGGAUCUGAUCCUAGUUUUAUUAGAUCUGAGGUAAGAACGUCAGGACACCACAACAUCCGGGCCGGCUUACAGAUGUGACCCCUGUGGCCGAGUCUUCCUCUCACGGACCGGACUUCACGGUCACAGCAGAUGCUGCGCUAAGAUCUAACUCCAAGGCACAAUAAAGAACCCUUUUUGGUUCCAGAUAGAACCUCUUGUUCCAAAUAGAACUCUUGAAAGGCUGCUGUUUGGAACCUAAAGGGGUUAUCGUCUGACCUGACCUGGUUCUUACCUGGAACCUUUUCCAGAGGGUUCAACAGGGACAAAUGGUUCUACAUAGCCCUUUUGAGAGUAUAGAAGCGAGCUUCUCAGAUGUAUAAAUGAGGUACGUAGGAACCACAUCACGUCAUAGACACGGACGUCUGAAUGAUGGACAGACUGAGGGGAUGAAUCCUCUGACCGUGAGAUGAAGAGACGCUGAGAAACAGAGACAAACACUCAAAUUAGUGUGAUGGGCGUCACAGAGGUAGAGAAGGAAAGUCCAGGAUCUCAAUGGAUUUUCAGAUGAAGAGAUACGAGUUACUGAAGUCCUUUGUAAUGAGGGAAGAGGAGACACAUUGGGAAUUGGGUGCAUUACAUUGGGUUGACUGAACUCUACAGCAUAAAUGUUGCCUAGACUGCAGAGAGAGACUUGUGUCAAUGUGUAGGCCAACAAAUGCCUGAACGGUUCGCCAUUAAGAUAAAACCACUAUUUAUGUGAUUAUGACUGAUUUAUAUUAUUCUGUGAUAUUAUUAGCAAUUUGUUUACAAACUGUGUUCUUCUAGUAUUUAAAUAUUUGGUUUUUAUUCUGUCACAAUUUCCGGUUGGAAAGUAAGACACACCCAGCCAGCUUUGUCUGUCUCUGCUGUCCAGAACAGAACUCUGAGUUGAAGGAAGAAAUGGGAGGAGCCGGGUUAAGCUCUAGAUUUGUUUAUAUUUUGUGUAAUUAUAUUAUUGUUUGUGGUUGAAUCCCACUUUCGUUGUCCUCAAACAUUCAUCACUUUUUAGAGGAAUUCAUAAAUGGACCCAUUUUAGUUCGUUUGACUAGUUUGGUUACGAAGCUAAGCUAGUUUCAGUGCAGACCGAUGUCUCAGUGCCGGGAUUCAAUCAGAUCAGCGCUAGAUCUGCAUUGUAGCACGGAUGACAUUUAAAGGUAAUUGACAAUGGAGCCGACAUGUGCAGAAUUUGCCGUGAAUGCGGUCUUCUGCGAUCGCGGGAACUUUCCCUUUAAAAGGUGAAUAGUGAAUCCCGGCCUUACUUUUAAUGUGAUCAUCUCUCCAGUUGUAAAUUUGUAUCUAAUGUAACAAAGUUACAUUUAAUUUGAUCAUCUCUCCAGUUGUAGAUUUGUAUCUAUUGUAACUAAGUUACUUUUAAUGUGAUCAUCUCUCCACUUGUAGAUUUGUAUCUAAUGUAACUAAGUUACUUUUAAUGUGAUCAUCUCUCCAGUUGUAGAUUUGUAUCUAAUGUAACUAAGUUACUUUUAAUGUGAUCAUCUCUCCAGUUGUAAAUUUGUAUCUAAUGUAACUAAGUUACUUUUAAUGUGAUCAUCUCUCCAGUUGUAAAUUUGUAUCUAAUGUAACUAAGUUACUUUUAAUGUGAUCAUCUCUCCAGUUGUAAAUUUGUAUCUAAUGUAACUAAGUUACUUUUAAUUUGAUCAUCUCUCCAGUUGUAGAUUUGUAUCUAAUGUAACUAAGUUACUUUUAAUUUGAUCAUCUCUCCAGUUGUAGAUUUGUAUCUAAUGUAACUAAGUUACUUUUAAUUUGAUCAUCUCUCCAGUUGUAGAUUUGUAUCUAAUGUAACUAAGUUACAUUUAAUUUGAUAAUCUCUCCAGUUGUAAAUAUGAAUCUACUGUAACCAAGGCUAUUAUAUGAACACAAAGUGGACUGGACAUUAAUAUGAAAUAAAAUGACAAAAUAAAUGUUUAACACUGUCGUUCUGUAUUGCUGUAGAUGAGCAGUGGUAUGGUUUCUCUUUUGUUGCACCAUCUCUUCACAAUCAAUAUGAUCUAGAAUAAUUCUUAAAUGUGUUUUGAGGGGACAU